AUGCGUUCAGCUAUCGUCGGCCUUGUCAUGGCCGGACUGUCGGCUCAGGUGCUAUCAUCGCCGCUCGAGCAAGCCACCACAUUAUUUUCAACUCCAACCCCGGCACCCACUUGCACCCUCCCCAUCCUGAAGCAGCCCUCUUUCAAGAAGAUUUGCACGAAGUACGGCAAGACCUUGACCUUUACAUCUUACACCAACUGUGGUGGCUGUAGCUUGGAGACUAAACAUCUUGGCUUCGGCCUUCCGUGCCAGACAGUCACAUACAACCCCGGCAACACGGCCGAGAUUGUCACGAGCUGCAAACCGUCUCUGACGACUACGAAAAGGAGUACGUUCCACGUUAGACCGACAGGUGAGUGGUAGGUAAGGUUAUUGUGUGCAUGGUUGCUAAGGUGGCUGCAGUAACUUCGAGAUUGUAG